ACUACAUCCCCCGCGACCGUCCCGACCAUUGUCGGCGAUGACGACGCCCUACGCGACACCGAGGUACCCAAGGGUGCCCUACUCGACGCCGACGUCACGAAGCGCGUCGCGGAAGGUGCCCCGUGCACCGAUACUCAAUCCAUACGACCAGUUCCCCGAGCCCGAGUUCCAGUCAUGGAUCGGCGACAUGACCAGCGCAAUUAGGGCGGCGCUUGGUAGGGAAGAUCCCCGAGAACGAACAGCGAGGGCCCCGGAGCGCGUUGAGCGCGACGAGGAGACCCCGGAAGACUCUUUCGCAGCCGUCAAGGCACGGCGUGCGGCCAAGGGCAAGGAGCGCGAAGUCCAAGCCGGAGACGUAGAGCAGCCGAUUGUCAUCGAAUCCGAUGAGGAGGACGACGAGGAGAAGGAGGCUGAGGAGGCUGCGCGGGCCCUUCUUUACGAUGAAGGGGAGGAGUUCGAGCAGGAGGAUGAAGAGCAACCGGAGGAAGAAGAGUCACCGGAGGACGAGGAAGGAGAAGAAGAUUCGCGUCCAGUUGUCAAUGCUCCCGAAGAAGCGGAAGAGGAGCUCGAUGACGAGUCAUCAGAGGAAGAGGAGGAGGAGCCUCAACCUAAGGCUCCUGCAGCGGAGGUCAUUGAAUUACUAUCAGACGAGGAGGAGGAGGAGGACUCGCCACAGCAUGUCCGGUACGAAGAAGAGGAAGAAUGGGAAGAGGAUGCUGAAGGCUCCGACGAGGAGCAGGCGACCACUCUGGCCAAACUCGAGCGGCAACUGCAGGCCCUCCGCGAGGCUGGAGAGGACGAGAUCGACGAGGGCGAGGAAGAGGAAGACAAAGACGAGAAAUGCGACGCGGUGGUCGAACAGCCUAGUUCUGUGGUUGCUGUGAGGCCGGAGGUUCCAUACGCGGGCUUUGUCGAAGAGAAUGACAUCGAGCCCGAGGCCACUGAAGACGAGGGCGAGAAAGAGUUUGAGCACCGGGUGGACCUCCCAGACCCAUGGGCAGGCCCGAGUAUCUAUGCAGAGGACUUCUACUCUGGUGGCGACUUCCCCCUCGAGCGUGGCGACGCCGCCAACCCGCAUGUACUACCUGCCGAAGACGAAGACGAUAUCGUGGAGGUCUCUGGUCCUACGGGUGAAGACCAGGGGGUGGACUCAAGAGGCGUGUCGAUCGCGGCUGAAGAUGCGCACGAAGUUCAGCUACCCGACCCCUGGAGCGGACCCCGCUUAUAUGCGGAAGACUAUUACUCGGGAGGCGACAUCCGUGAAAGCGACCUGCGCACGCGCCUGCCAUCACCAUCCCAUCUUAUGCCAACGGAGAACGAACUCGCAGAGUUCCUCACACCCGAUGUAGGCACUCCGGAGACCCCUGCCCUUCAGGCCGUUGAACCCGAUGGCGAUCGCGAAGCUGAACAUAGCAAAGCAUUCAUGGACGAGCUGUACGCUGAUCUUGUCGACGAAGACUUGGAGCACAUGGCGCACGGCGCCGAAGUUGGUCCUUCAGCAGAAGGGGAGGCUGGCGACAGACCGGACUCGCCUGAGCUGGGCUCCACGGACUCGCCUUCACCUCCCAAGUUCAUGUCUCACGUGGAUUGGAACUGGCCACCUGCGUUCCCCGACGGUAGAAUGGCAACAAGGCCGGGGCACCUGCAAAGCCCAGAGCUUCAGGAUGACUCCGCGGAGAUCGUCGAAAUCAGCGACGAUGAAGCAGAAUCGCAUGCAACACCUGCCGCAGUUCACGCUGAGCUUACUGAAGAGCGUCCCGACGUACCAGCUAGUCCGGAUGCCGAUGCUGGUGAGGAGAGCCGAGCAGCAUCAGAGGAGAGGCCCGAGGAGUCUGCCGACAUCCAACUGGUAGACUUUGUACCUGAAGACUCAAUUACCCUCGAGACAUCCGGUGCGACGUCGGAUUAUCCCGAUCAAGCCUCAGUCGACGACUUAUAUGCCGAUAUCGAUGCGUACAUUGCCUCGGAAGAGCAGAGGCUCGCGCAAGACCAAUCCUCACGCCUGCAGGAGUCCGACGAUGCGCUGAUUCGAGACUUCCUCGCGAGUCCUUCAGUGGAUCUUGGUGAACAAGAUGUGACUGAAACUACGGCGGAUGAUGAGCUACAGCCCGAGAGUUUUGUUGUGCCUGAGGAACCUGCAGACGCUGUUGCCGAAUCAGUGAAACCCACUCUUGGGGAGGAGCUGGUAGUGGAGGACACCUCGAGUGACAUGCGUCAGGAAUCCACUGCCGUGACAGUGGAGUACGAGGUCGAGGAACCUGUGACUGAGGGCAGGCGAACUGAGGAGCCUGAUAUCAAUCUGCGAGCCCCUAGCAUCGUCGCUGAAGAGCUACCCGAUGAAGAGGAAGGUGCUACCCUCGAGGCGCCUAUCCGGGAGUACACUGUCAGCGAACCUGAUAGCCAUGUCGAGACUGCAGACGCAACGUUGGAGUUGGAGGAUUACGAUAUCUCAUCGGUCGAGGCUCAAAACAGCGGUGAACCGAGUGGCAUUAUUGAGACAACGGAUACCGUUGAAGACGAGACGCUUGACCAGACUGGUGUCUUACCUGCACCGGUGAACCUCGCCAUCUCUGACCUGCACGAUCGUAUGCUGGAGUCUGGUGUUCCCAUGCCAGUAGCCGCGGAUCCGACGGUCCCCGAUCCCACCAGUGUUGCACCUAGCCCUGGUGAGACAUCAGUCGCUACCCCCGCCGAGAUAGAGGCGCCUCAGAUGGACGUCUCGACCAGUCGGGACUCCUCUAUCAGUGGCGAGACGUCGUCAAGGGGUCGCAGCCCGAGCGGGCUCUUCACGCCCCUGACGGCGGAAAAUUCGCGAUCGGCCACUCCGAAGUUGCGUACGAGUGAUCUUGGGGACGGGCACCUCGAGUCCCCGUUGAAGAAUGUCGUAACUGCAGACGAACUAGCCGCCGCCGACAAGGUAGCCACCGUGUCUGCCGCUAUUAGCGACGAAAUUCCGGAAUCUCCGAAGGCUGCUGCCGACUCACAACCGCCAGAGCUGUCUGCUGUCACAGCGGAGAGGAGUCGAGAUGUGUCACCAGGAUGGGUAGAUCUACAGGGGCCGUCACCAGAAUGGAUAGAUCCACAGGAACCCAGGGGAACUGCCCCAACCGCCGAACUGGACGAACUCAACCUCGAAUACCCCUCAGAUACCGAGGAGCAGUCAGCGAUCUCUGCCUCUGCAGAAGAAAAGCAGGAUGACGACGUGCAUGUCAACCUCGAUACGAGCCUCGAUGCUGACGCCGAAGGCGACGUUGAUCCUGACUAUGUACCCGAGCAGUAUGCUUCUACGGUCGACUCCAACGAUGCUCAUGUUGAGGCAGUUGAUCAGCCUACGGCUGUCACCUCAACGGAUAACGCGAGGAAGGACGAGACGGCUGUGGCUACGGAUUCCAGUGUCGAAGCAAAGGACAACGGCGAGACUCUCAGCCCCGAGGGUUCUCAGGAGACAGCAAAGACUCUCGUUGCUACUCAGGAGGUUCCAGCGGAUGCCGACGAUCCUUUCGUAGUCGCCGGUUCCGCAAGGGAGCCCAAAGAUGAGAGUCCAGUCCAAGAUGACUCCCAGUCGGCAGAAUCAUCCGAUGCUCGUCCUCUUAAACGCAAGCGCGAGGCGUCAAGGCUUCCUCCACGAGUGACUCGCGCGAUGUCGCUGAAGAACCCUGCCACAGUCAGCGUAGGAGCCCCUCCCAAACCCACAGCACAGCGCGCACUCAAGGGCAAGGGCAGACUUGCAACUGAUGAGGCCGCCGGAGACCGUGACGAUACCGAGUCACCCACCAACGAGCAAGCUGAAGGGAGCGAUUCUCUGAUUCCUUCGCUCUCUACCGCGGCGAGCCGACCGACAUCCCGCUCUUCCUCGGUUGUGUCUACUGCGCUCACUUUUGAGACGUCGUCGGCAGCGUCUCCGACAAUCAACCGUACCCAGACGUAUCCUCAGACCGCCGAUUUGCCUCGCCUCAUCGAUGCGCAGGAGGUCAUGCAUCAUCACCAUGGCCGUCGUGUACUCCAAGCUGCUGCGCGAAUGUUGACUCUUGGUAGCCGCUCCACCUCACAAUUGCUGGAGCCUAAGCCAAAAUCCACAGCGCCGUCACUAUCACAGUCUGAGUCUCGCCCUCCGUCUCCAUCUCCGAUGCGCCCUGAAUCUCGCCCCUUGUCCCCAUCGCCUGCUCUGCCUCCGACUCGUCCGACUUCUCUGACUCCGACACCAACACCUACACCAACCUCAGCAUCGGACGCUGGACCGUCAUCAGUCCCUCCAUCGGCGACUGACGCUAAGCCUCCCACUCCUCCACCUGUGCCUGUAGUGCACGAGCCCGUCUCGACGACCCCUCCGCCUCGGCCUGCGAUAUCCGGCAGACUCAAGCCCGGAAACUCUCCUGUCACCAGGUCACGCUGCCGCUUCCACAAAAUAAGCUUGCCCCGCGAAGAAGAUGGACCCCGUAUCUACUUCGUUGUUCCUGGUUGCGCCUUGAACGACAAGGAAUUGAUGGAGGAGGAGGAGAUAGUCGAUCACGGUGUCCCGAGCUUCCCACAAGGCACUAAACUGGUAGCGGACCUCGAGCACUUGAAAUUGAACCCAUACGUGUUGGGGGUUCUUCGUCAGCUCGUCGGCGUCGACCUCCUACGGGAACAAGAGGUAUUCUACUUGCCGCAGGAAGGGGAGGAGUACGCGUGGAAACCGAAACGCCAUCAGCACAAGCACUCCGUGUCCAAGGCGAAGUUGUCUGCUCGUGGACGGAAGUCUAUCGGAGCUCCCAUUCAGUCUGCGCCGGAAUACAACGGGCAUGCUGAAAGUAUCUCUGCAGCUGGGGCGUUUUCGCGUGCAGGGUCUGUCUCUACCGUCUCAAGUCGGCAAAGUCGGAAAGGACGUGCUUCUGGCAGAAGCAGUGUCGUCGAUAGUGCUUCUGUUGCUGGCAGUUAUGCCAGCGACGACGACGAGCGGUCUAACAAGCGGCGAAAGACAGACUCUGUCUCGUCGCCUAUUGAGGCGGACAAAGACGCAUCAACGUCCAAGGCCUCAGCGGUGGCACGUCGGAAGGCCGGCCCCUCGAGACGUACAAAGCCGCUCGGGAAGGAUGCUUCCGCCUACAAGCCAGGCCCUGAGGAUGCUCAAGGAUCCUCAGACGACGAACCAGGCCCCAGCACCAAGCGCAAGAGAAAGGGCAAACCGAGAGGCACCAAGCGCCCUCGGCCUGAGGAGCCUACCGAGGAGGCCGUCGCAGAGACUGCUCCGCCGAAGAGGCGUAGGACGCGGAAGAAACCUGCACAAGAGACCAACGGUGAAGACAAGUAAUGCCCUCGUCGCAAAAGACUAUCUUAAUCCUGGAAGGACUGGCCGAUACGUGCUACACUAGCGAUACCUGUACUCUACGAGAUAUCUGGGACAUCUGUGUAUUGUAACCUUUCCCUUUUGCAUAUCGAGGUUGUGGAGUUCGUAGCAAAGAAUACAAACUGAGGGCUUUCUGGAUCUAGAAUACUGAAAGGUGCCCGCAGAGGUUCUCAGU